UUGACCUUUCACACUUCAUCAAAGUUGGCACUUAGUUUUAAGUUUUCUUUAGAGAUUGGUACUUGCUCGAUGACUUCUACAAUCUCCAAACAAGAUCCUCACUGUAUAUUUAAUUGGAGAAUUUCUUUCUAAUCAUUUACUACGGCUUUCACAUAACAUGCCCUGAAUUACAGCAAGUCGUCUGUUGUUACCACCACAUAAUCUCAUCUCGAUAAUUCCAUGGCAAACGCGCGCUACUCGUGCGCGAGAGAUCGAAGGUUCCAUGAAGAAACUCUCUUUAGCACUUUGCAGACUUUCUUUGCCGAAUCCCUCGAAUCCCUUUGCUGUUGCGAAUGUCCGCUCGACAGAAGAAAUCUGGCGUUGGAAAUCGAUUUUGUCACAUCUCCUCCGUAACAAAGAUAUUGAAGAAGCCCAACGCAUCUUCCUUCAAAUACCAUCUCCAGAUGUUCAUCUCUACACCAUGAUGAUCAACGGUUACUCGCAAGCCAACCGGAUUAACGAUGCGUUGCAUCUGUUUGAUAAUAUGCCUGACAGAGACAUUGCCUCUUGGAACUCCAUUAUCAAGGGUUGUCUAGAUUGCGGAGAUUUAUGCCUUGCACAUAAACUUUUUACGGAAAUGCCUGACCGCAAUGUGAUUUCUUGGACUAGUAUUGUUAAUGGGCUUGCCAAGUUUGGUUGCAUUGAUGCUGCAGAGAAGCUGUUUUACAAAAUGCCUAGCAGGGACACUGCCGCGUGGAAUUCGAUGAUCACAGGAUAUUGUGACAAUGGUAGAAUUCAGGAUGCACAAUUGCUGUUUGAGAAUAUGCCUCACCGCAAUGUGAUAUCUUGGACUGCAAUGAUUGGUGGACAUGAUCAGAAUGGUGAUAGCGAUAAGGCAUUGUGUCUUUUCCAUCAAAUGUGGGUUCGAGGUAUCAAACCCACUUCAAGUACAUUUGCUUGUCUGUUAACUGCUUGUGCUAAUUCACCUGAUUCAGAACUCGGUAUCCAGAUCCAUGCGAUUGUUAUCAAAGCUAGUUAUGCCGAAGAAAAUUUUACAUUAACUUCUCUGAUCACUUUCUAUGCCAAGUGUAAGCAAAUUGAAAGUUCUUCUAAACUUCUUGAUGGGGUUGAGGAUAGAAAUGUGUUUUUGUGGACAGCUCUUAUAACUGGAUAUGGUUUAAAUGGCAGGCAUGAGGAAGCAUUGGAUGAAUUUGGCAAGAUGGUUCGAUCGGCGAUCAAGCCAAAUGAAUCUACUUUCUCAAGUUCAUUGAACUCAUGUUGUGGGCUUGAAGCUCUUGAUAGAGGUAAAGGAAUUCAUGCUACUGCCAUUAAGCAAGGAUUUGACUUUGACAUAUUUGUCGGAAACUCUCUUGUAGUAAUGUACUCAAAAUGUGGAGAUGUAGCUGAUGGCCUGAAGAUGUUUAACAGCAUGAGCAAGAGGAACCUCGUGUCAUGGAAUUCUAUUAUUGUUGGCUGUGCUCAGAAUGGUUAUGCAUCAAGGGCACUUGAACUGUUCGAUGAAAUGUCAGCUUGCCGAAUUAAACCUGAUGAGAUUACAUUUGUUGGGCUUCUAACUGCUUGCAGUCAUUCUAACAUGAUUGAGAAGGGAAGACAGAUUUUCAAACUGUUAAAAGAAAACCCUUCUGUUGAUGUUAGAGUGGAGCAUUGUGCUUGUAUGGUGGAUAUUUUCGGUCGUUCCGGAAACUUUGAUGAAGCAGAGGAGUUCAUAAGAGGCAUGUCUGUGAAACCAAAUGUCAUGAUAUGGCUGGCCUUGCUUAGUGCCUGUAGAGUGCAUUGCAAUGUAGAAAUUGCAAGGAAAGCUGCAGGAGAGAUCUUUAAUCUAGACCCAUAUAACAGUGCUGCUUAUGUAUUAUUGUCUAACAUAUAUGCUUCUGCUGGUAAAUGGAAUGAUGUGGCACAAACAAGAAUGAUGAUGAGGUCUUCUGGUAUUGUGAAGAUUCCUGGUUCUAGUUGGAUUACAGUACAUGAAUCCCGAUACGAAUUUGUUUGUGGAGAUAGAUCCAAUCCUUUGACCACUGAGAUAGACAAAAAACUUGAUUGGCUGGAUGAAAAGCUGAAAGAGCAUGGUUAUGUCUGUGAGAAAACCUUUGCCUUGCAUGAUGUGGAUGAUGAACAGAAAGAGCAUUCAUUAAAGUAUCAUAGCGAGAAGAUUGCUGUUGCUUUUGGUCUUAUUGUUACUGCAAAUGGAAGCAAUAUAAGGGUUAUGAAGAACCUACGGGUAUGUGGUGACUGCCACACGGCAAUAAAGCUGAUAUCAAUGAUUGUUGAGCGUGAGAUUGUUCUAAGAGAUUCAAGUCGUUUUCACCACUUUAGGGAUGGUUUGUGUUCUUGUGGAGAUUAUUGGUAGACUAUAAUAAUCAAUUCUAUUUAACGAGGUCCGUUAAUGCUUUAGCAAGGAGCUUAUAAAAUGACAGUAUAAAAUAAACUGGAUGUAGUAAAAGGGAAUGAACUAUAUCCAGUGGAGAUUUUAAUCAACUUCUGCUUUAGUAUUUCAACAUAAAAAAACAACCAAGUGGUGGAAGUUUAAGAUCAUGGAGCCUCCAUUUACCAUAAAUCUGAACUUUCAUAUCGAUGUAGAGACUAGCAAAAUUGAUCGAGAUGGAAAUCAUUGUACUGAAGGAUUCGCUAUCCAUAAAAUCCAACCCACGAUUUUGACCUGCUAAUUGUUCACUGUUGUUUUUUGAUAAUCCUCUUGCCCUACAUAUCAUUCAAGAUAUUGCGAUGAUACCAGAGCAGCUUGGAUGGCCUGCUAAUCUAAGGGAAAUCUCUACGCGUGUGCAUCAUCGCAACAAAACAGGGAGAACAAGAAUCUCACUGGAACAGCACGGUAUGCUAGCGUGAAUACUCAUCUUGGUGUUGAACAAAGCGGAAG